GCUGACUGGAAUGCAAUCCAAUCCAAGUCGAAUGUGGAGUAAUUAUUUUGAUAAUCCGACUCCUUGAACAUUUCAUUUCGGUUAUGUCUAGCAAAACAUCGACGGAAUAUUUACAGUGCUAAACAACCAGCGUAGUAACAAGCUGCUUUGGGAUCCGGAAUAAAACGACAGGCAUGUCUCAGUUCGGCACCGCUGGAAAAAAUCCCCCAUGGAUGAGAGCGGCAGAUCUCCCCCUGGCGGGCAGCGCGAUGUUGGCUCAAGCCGGGGCCACUCUGGCGUCGGCUCUCAGCCAGCCGCAGACGGCGGUUCAGCAGCAACAGAGCCAGACUUUCAACACCAACUUGGCUGCCCUUGGACUCACCCAGAAUGCCCUGCAGGCCACAACAGUCCUGUCGCAGCCCGGCAUUGCCAUCCCGGCUUCCUUGGCUACCUCGGCCCAGGUUGGAGCGGCGGGUCUUGGCUUGGCUACAACUCCAGCGAACCUGACGUAUCCGACCCAAGCCCGCAUCUUGGGGGCACCCCCUACAGGCGUACCUGCACCGGGUCCCGCCCCGUCUGCCAAGCAGCGGGUCUUCACGGGCACUGUCACCAAACUGCACGACAACUUCGGAUUCGUGGACGAGGACGUCUUCUUUCAGACAAGUGCCAUCAAGGGCACCAUGCCGAAGGUUGGUGAGAGAGUGCUUGUCGAGGCAUCUUAUAACCAGAACAUGCCCUUCAAGUGGAACGCCUACCGCAUCCAGCUCUUGGCGAAUCAGAUGAACGCCCAGGUCGGAGUGCGGCUCGGAACCCAGACGUCCGCCGCCGGCAAUCAGGCCAAUACCAGCGCCACCAUGGCGGCCCAAACCCAGUACAUCAACUCCAUCACCUCGGAGAAUUCGCUCUCGAAGGGUGGGCGCUCGGAGAACGAAAAACAUUCCUACACCGAAAACCGCCACCGGGGGGAUUACGCCUACGGAAACAACAGCACGAGGACGCAGACGAGGAGGCCCUCUUCACCGACGCCAAUGAGACGGGCCGUUUCGCCGGCACAGCUGAGGCGAGACCGUGAUAUGCGCCACGACGACCGUCGGGACCGGUACCAAGACCGGAACAGCAACAGGGACUUUGAUCGGGACCGGAGGCCGUACAACCGCAUGGAGGAUCGUACGCGGGACCGCUUCCUGGACAGGAACACGGACAGGAACUUGGACAGGAAUGUGGAUCGCAUGCCGGACCGCAUGCACGACCGCAACUUCGACCGCAUGCAAGACCGCAGCCUGGACAGGAUGCAGGACCGUGGCAUGAACAGGAUGCAGGACCGGAUGCCGGACAGAAUGCAGGACCGCUCCAGGUUACCCAUGCGGGACCGGCGUUCGCCCAUCAUGCGGGAGCGGGACCGAGACCGUGACGUGGACCACGACCGGGACCGAGACCGGGACCUGCGGGGCGGCGCCCUGACACCCGAGCGGGACUUCAGGGGCGGCCUGGACCACGAGGGCUCAGGCCUGCCCCGCAAGCACGCCCUGUCCCCCAGCCGCAGGGGCAGCAGCCCCCCUCCCAGGCGCAAGCCCCGGCUGAUGCCCCGCUACGUGGUGGACAUCCCCGCCAUCUCCCUCGACCAGUGUGAGAUGGGGGUGGUAGACCUGAAGAAGCGCUACCCGAACCUGUACAUUCCGUCCGACUUCUUCCACGCCAACAUCUGCUGGCAGCGGGCCUUCCCCCUGCACCGCCCCUUCAGCCUGAACCACCCGUGCGGCUUCCAAGUGCUGCCCAAGGACACGCUGCCUCCGCCGCCCCUUGAGCCGCUGGCUGCGCUUGGCGACGGCUCCGAGGCGCCGCCCGCACCGCCACCACCCCCCGCAGUGCUCAACCCCCCGGACCUGGACUUCUCCUUCAGUGCCAAGGUCAUGCUGCUGUCAGCGCCGGCCCUGGAGGAGCUGUACCAGCAGAGCUGCGCCCUGGCGGAGGAGAGCGAGGAGGGCCGGUUGGGGUCGAUGCACCCUGCCCGUAUCCUCUCCUUCCUGGUGGGGCUCAAGGGCAAGAGCGAGACGGUGGCCCUGGGGGGUCCCUGGUCCCCCUCCCUGGACGGGCCCAACCCGAGCUCGGACCCCCGGGUGCUCAUCCGCACGGCCGUGCGCACCUGCCGCGCACUUACGGGCAUCGACCUCUCGGCGUGCACCCAGUGGUAUCGCUUCGCCGAGAUCUGCUACCGAAGGGAGUCGUCGUCCUCGUCGUGCGCCACCCUGGAAAGAGUGGUGCUGUUCUUCCCCGACGUGUGGCGCUGCAUGCCCACCCGACAGGAGUGGGCCGACCUGGAACUGAGACUGCGCAGCAUCAGCCUCUGCGGCGCCGAGGACCCUGCCGGAGACGCCCCCGCUCAGGAAGAAGAAAGUGCAGUUGCUGUGGCUGAGGAAACCAAUGUCAAGGAGCCUACGCAUCACUCUGAAUUGGAUCCAAAGACGAUGAAGGUGGGAGACCUGCGCACCGAGCUGGAAGCCAGGGGCCUGCUGACGAAGGGGCUCAAGUCUCAGCUGGUGGCGCGCCUCGCCAAGGCCCUCAAGGCCGAGGCCGAGCAGGAAGAGGAGGAGGAGGAGGAAGAGGAAGUGGAGGAGGAGGCAGAAGAGAUGGAGGAAGGGGGAGAGGUGGUGGACGAAGCCAACGAGGAGGAGGAGGAGGUGGAGGCCGUAGAAGAGGAGGCCCCGGAGUCUGAGCCGGAGGAGGAGAAGCCGGUCGACAAGAAGGCCGGCAAGAAGAAGGCGGCUGCCACGGAGAAGGCCCCCAACAAGAAGGCUGCCACCAACAAGAAAGCUGACGACUGCAAGGGCGCCACCGUCGGCAAGGGUGCCACCGACGACGAAAAGGCUCCCGUCAAGAAGUCCGCCGACAAAAAAUGUGCUAACAAGAAGGCUGCAGACAAGAAGGAUGCUGACGCCGGGAAGGUUGCCGACGAUGGGAAGGCUGAUGACGACGGGAAGGCUGCUGACAACGGGAAGGCUGCCGAAGAGGAUGCCGUCAAGGACGAGGAGGAAAAAAAGGAGGGGGACGAGAAGCCGGCCAAGGAGGAGCCCGAAGACGGGCCGAAAGAGUCGCCCCCGGCCCCCCCGGCCGCGCCCCCCACGCCCCCCGCACCCACGGGGAAGGCCCUGUCCCUGGAUGACCUCCCUGAGCGGCCCACCAUCCUGGUGUACCCGUCCCGCAAGGCCAAGGGGGGCCGCUUCGACUGCAGCGUCAUGUCCCUCUCCGUGCUCCUUGACUACCGGCAAGAGGACAACAAAGAGCACUCCUUUGAGGUCUCGCUGUUUGCCGAGCUCUUCAACGAGAUGCUGAUCAGGGACUGCGCGUUCAACAUCUAUCGAGCCUUACUUGAAGCUCCCGAACCCAAGGAGGAAAAGAAGAAAGAAAAAGAAUCGACGAAAGACGCCGACAAGAAAGGAGAUCGCAGGGAUGACCGGAAGACAGAUAGGCGCCCCGACAGGAGGGAGCGUAAGGACGAGGAGAAGAAAGCAGACGCUGACCAAGAGGACAGCGAUGGUGGCUCGGAGGCUUCCAAUGCAGACGCUGAAUCUGAAGAGACCAAAGAGCGGCGCCAGAAGAAGGAGGCCAAGCAGCAGAACAAGACGGUGAACAAGCACCUGCUGCUGUCCUUCAUCUACUUUGACCAGAACCAGUGUGGCUACGUGCUGGAAAGGGACCUGGAGGACAUCUUCUACAUCAUCGGGCUCAAGCUCUCCAGGGGACAGGUUCGUAGGCUCCUUCAGAAGGUGUCCAAGCGGGAAGUGGUGCGUUACCGGAGCUUGACGGAUGCCCCCGUGUGCCCCGAGGAGAUGGCGGAGGAGCAGGAGGAGGAGGAGGCAGACGAGGAGAUGGAGGAGGAGGCACAGGUCGCAGAGGAAAAGUCUGAGCUCGACCUGGAGGAGCUGGCUCUGGGAAACAAGGGUCUGCUGCUGAACUUGGAAGUUGUAAACACCGAGGAGGCUGACAAGGCAGGAGGAGCUACAGGGGUUUUGCCCGUGGAGGUGACCAGCGGAGGGCCGACAGCAUCCAACAUGGUGUUUCACGAAGGAGCCAUCCUGGACGUGGCCAAGUUGCUGCGGCAAGUGGAACGGAGCGAACGAGCUCGCACGAGCUCCGAGACGAGGCUGAAGGAAGUCAUGGAGGCACUGGCCGAGGUGCGGGAGUCGUGGGACGUGUCCCGCCAGGGCGCCCAGCGGACCCAGCUGGAGCUGGACCAGGCACGCCGCCAGCUCACGGCGGCCGAGGAGGAGCUGGCGGGGGCACGCAAGACUGCCCAGGAGCUCAGGCUGACCCUGCAGAACUGCCGGCAGCACCUGCAGGCCACCCUGGGCAGCCUGGACACCGUGCUGGGCCGCAAGGUUGAGGUGGUCAAGAAGGAGCCCCUGGACAACUGAACUGACGCGCCCCCCUUCCCCCCCCCCCCCCCCCGCACCCUUUCCGUAUCCCGGCGUGUGUGCAAAUGUUGCGUGUGUGUGACUGCUCUUGAGAACUCUUUCUUUUUUUGUUUUUCUUUCUUUUUUUUUUCGGUUUGCUUGUAUUAUGUUUGUUUAGGUUGCCAGAAUCUAUGCUGGCUCCGAUCGAAUCAAGGUGUUGGGGACAACUUUUUCUGACAGUAAAGCCGAAGCUUUUGGCAAUCAUGCACUCGCGCACCUUGGGCUGUCCUUCUGAAAUGCCAUAAAAAGUUGUCCCUGAGGGCACGGGCCUCUUGAGUGCUUCAAAAUGUUUAAGGGCUGACUCACUCUGCACGUAAUCCCUCGAUUAUCCAAGACGUUUUCCUGAAAAGCUGGCGUUGAGCGAACACCCAGGCCUGGCCUCGACACAUCUUUCUUAAGACUGUCCUGGGUGAGACUGACUUAUUUCGCUUCGAGCAAGCCAGUCCUGGUGCUUGAAGGAAAAACAUUCUGAUGAUGGGUAUUUAGAUGAGGUGUUGCGUGUGUCGAGCGGGAACUCUUUUUGGGACGGGGAAGGAAUCUUCAAAAGUUUGGUGCCUUUGUGCUCUGUGAUGCGAGAUCCCAUCUCCAUCUUUGGAGCUUGCCAUUAAACUUGUCAUUAAGAACCAGCGAAUUGUUUUCAGUACGGUGGUCCUUCCCGCUUUUGAACUUUUGUCAUUGUUUUGUUUAACGCUUCUGGCAUCAGUUGUGCCACUGUGUUGAAAGCCUGUCAUGGUCGCUAGCAAGGCUAGGAUCAGUGCUCACCCUGACGAAGCAGGGGCCUCCUACUCUUCUCAUAUUUUUUUUCUUGGGUUCCAUUACUUUUUUUUUAACACUAUCUGUGUUAAUCUUUCUUUCAAAAUUUGUUUUGUUGGUGUGAGAUUGAUAAUUGAGACUAAAAGCAGGUCAUUAGCUGAGCAAAUGGCUUUUUAAUUUGUGUGUGUGUGAUGGGUCGCCGUCUGAAAGUGACUUGUUUGUGUAGUGAAAAACGGGCAAGUUAUUUGUGACCAUUUGAAACAAGCUGGUUCGAGAGGCUUGGCCUCGAGGUAGUGUAUGUAAUAUCUCCAUCGCACAUUUAAGGGAAUUUUUGUCGUCUCGUGUCGAGUGUGCUGUGGAAGGAUGAGUGGGGGUGACUUUAAUUGAACAUUUUUUGUACAUAGGUGUUUCGCCUCAUUAGAGAUACUUCUACCGAAAGAAACUCUAGCUAAGGUGCUCGCAGUUUAUUGCAAGCGUCGUACCAUUUUGGGAAAUUCUUUUUCUGACUUUUGGAAAGUUGCUUUUUUCGUGGCAUUUUGUAGCACCCUUCUUUCGAGAGUUUGCAUCCAUUUCCUUCUUAUGGGCUGCAGUGCCAUUAUUUGUCACGUGCGUGUGCUGAAUAUUUGAAAAUAAACCGGCUGUUGUUGCACACACCUUC